AUGUUCCCUCCGAAGAAGCCUUCAACUAUGAAUUCCCAUGACAGAGCCAUGUGUGUUCAAGGAGAUUCAGGGCUUGUCCUCACCACAGACCCUAAGCCACGUCUUCGUUGGACUGUUGAACUCCAUGAACGCUUUGUUGAUGCUGUUGCUCAGCUUGGAGGACCUGAUAAGGCCACUCCUAAGACAAUCAUGAGGGUGAUGGGUGUGAAGGGUCUUACCCUUUACCACCUCAAGAGCCACCUUCAGAAAUUCAGGCUUGGAAAGCAGCCCCACAAGGAUUUCAACGAACACUCUAUUAAGGAUGGCAUGAGAGCUUCAGCUUUAGAACUUCAACGAAACAUUGGCUCCUCUUCUGCCAUGAUUGGUCGCAACAUGAACGAGAUGCAAAUGGAAGUGCAGAGAAGAUUGCAUGAACAACUAGAGGUUCAAAAAAACCUUCAGCUGAGGAUUGAGGCUCAAGGAAAAUACAUGCAAAGUAUAUUGGAGAAGGCUUAUCACACACUUGCUGGUGAAAACAUGAACAUGAAGGGUAUGGGAGGAGGUCAAGGAACCCCUGACAUGGGGGUCAUGAAAGAAUUUGGUUCUCUGAAUUACCCUUCUUUUCAAGAUCUUAACUUGUAUGGUGGUGACCAACUUGAAGGGUUUAUGACAUCAAAUAACAAUGAGAGUAUGUUUGAGGGGAAGAAGAGGCUUUGCCCCUACAGUGGAAGUGGGAAGAGUCCAUUGAUCUGGAGUGAUGAUCUCAGGCUUCAAGAUUUGGGAACAGCUUCAUCAUGCAUUAGUCCUCAAGAGGACCCUUUCAAAGGUGAUCACAAGGUUCAGAUUUCACCACCAUCAAUGGACAGUGAUCCCAUGUCAGAGAUCUAUGACACAAAGCCAGUGGUACUCCAUGGAGAAACUGUAGGUAAUCAUCACAACAAAUUUGAUGCUUCCAUGAAGCUGGAAAGGCCAUCUCCACAAACAUCACCACUUCAACCAGAGAGGAGUAGUCCUAUGAUCAAUGCUGGUUCCGUGGCACAAGGUACAAUAAUCUCCCCAUUUGGUUCAUAA